GAUGACAAGAGAUCGAAGUUACGUUUUUGCGAAUGAAACAUGACGGGGGGGAAUGUGACAUUUUUGGCAGGUGUUCUUUAAAGGAUUGGAUUUGGAUGCUGAAGUAAGCAGGAAGCGAUCCUGGAUAGGCUGUCUCUUCUUCACGUGACACCCAAUAUGCGGGAAAACUCAAAGGAACGUAAAGCUGCUAACUUAGCGUGCGAAGAUCAGAAAAAGUAGGUGUCUAUAGAUGGUCAGUCUCGCGUGACAGCACUCCUGCUGUUUGACUGUACGCUGUGAAAGAAGAUAUGAAAGCGCCAAAGGCAACGGAGGUUAAACGGGGCAUCUCCGUAAUUCGGGAUAACCUGCAGUGUCCAAUAUGUUUGGAUUUGUUGAGCAUGCCUGUCUCCACCAAGUGCGACCACCAGUUCUGCAGAGUCUGUAUGAUGAAGCUUCUGGACAGGAAUAAGGAGGCCAACUGUCCUGUUUGCAAAGCCAAGGUUACCAAAAGAAGCCUGCAAGAGAGCCCUGGGUUCCAGAGGCUUGUGGAGGGAUUGCUGCACAUGGUCCAGGCUUACGAAGAGGACACCAGCACAGACUACUUCACUGGAGCAUCCCAGAGGCUGGAACACCCUCGGUGUCAGAAGGCAGGCCCCGGGGAAGUGCAGUGUAAUAGGGGUAAAACCUUGUCUUGUGACAGUCAAGGUGUUGACUCAGCUGACAGCAGCCUAUCUCGAGGCCCUAAGGAAGCAAGAAGUUCCCUCUCAUCUGUGGAAGCCAAGCAAGGCUAUGCUAAACUGAUGGGCCUUGAAGAUUCUUGCCCUGUCGUCUUGGAUAAAGAGGGUUUUGAUCUUCCUGAUAUCCCCCCGACCUCUGAAAUGGAGACUGAUGAUAAAUGCAUCCCCAGCAUCAACUACAUGGAGACCCCGGGUUCGAAUGUGGAAGUAGCUACUCCCUUGGGAGCUGAAAUAAUUAAGACUUCGAGGAGAACAAAGAAAGAUAAAUCCAACGAUGAUUCACGUGAGCAAAGGGAGGGCCUUGAAGAAGUUCCUAAGAAAACGGACAGACGACCUCGUAGGGCAACAACAACAGUGGUAGGUUCAGACCCUGAAAAAAUAAUUGAUAAAAGGUGUAGAAGAAGUCUUCAGAAGGUUUCAGAGUGGCUGUUAAAGAUCUCACCGGAGGAUGUGGAGGAAGACUGUGAUGGCUGUGUGUCAGAUGGGGGAAGUUCUUCCUCCACUGUCAAAGAGAACAAAGAUGAGCAGGAGCCCUUGACCCUACGAAGGGAUGACCACAAUAAGAGCUUAGAGGAGCAGGUGUUUGGGGUCGUCUACAGGCGGGAUCGGAAAUCUAAGGGAAACCUACUCAACAGAACCUUAUCGCCAGAGAGCAGAGGAGUCGCAGCUCUGCCUGAUUGUCAUCCAGCAGAAGAGGCACAGAUCCAGAAAAUAGCUUCCAUUAGGAGGACAUCCAAUAGACUGGCAGCUGCUGGCGAGAUGUGCCAUAUUGAGGAAAAGGAGGAGGAAACUCAUGUUGUGAGCAAGUCAGAGUGCUACGAAUCAACGGUAGAACCUAUCAAGGGCCAAACAGCUGAGGAGGAGGAAGUUGACCAGAUAGAACCUGGUUCAUGUGGCUUAUACAGAAAGAAAAUGGAGGGAGUGGAAUUGCCAGAGGAGGAUGAUGAAGAGGACAGUCCUGUUUUUGAGGUGUCUCUCCGAAGAACUACAAAGAGGGCAAGAUCUAAUGCGGGGAGUACAUGGAAAGAGGUGGACAACUUGCGUCAGGAUGGAAAUAGAGAAUCUGGAAAUGCUAAGCUAAGUAAACGGAAGAGUGAAUGUAGGAGGAAGGAAACCAAAUUGACCCAAAUGAGGUCAGCUAAAGUUGCUAAGCCCUUGGAUCUAAUCAGCAGCGGGGUGAACAAACAUGUCCCUGCCGUCAGGCUUGAGAACGGACCAUUAGUUGUCGAGUCGGAUGUUCAGAUUGAGAGUUACCCAAGUAGCGAAGGCCUAGGCAGCCCAGCUGCGAGGAUAACUAGGCAGAGCAAGAGGCUGCAGGCGUUCACAGAGGAGGUUCAGGGGAUCAGAAAGAAGACCAGAUUAGUGGGAUCCGCAAAGAGAGUCGUCCCUCGAUUUGAUGAAGCACAUGCUGUGGAAAAGGAAGACUUUGAGAAGACUGUUGUGAGAGCUGAAUGCCCACAAAGAAAGAAGAUUGAAAACAAUGUGAUGAGAAAUGGCUGCAUUGUAGAUAGCGAGUUGGAAAACAUUGAGAAAAUGGAGUCAAGCAUAAGUGAAGAUAUGGAAGUUCUGUAUGAACAGAAAGACAGCCCCACCAAGAAAAGAUUUUCACCGUCUGCAGUUCCAAAUGUAGAAAGUUCGUCUGAUGUUAACUUUCAGGAGACUGCUGUCAAAGGUGUUCACCCAACCUCCCAAGCUUCUGAGGACCAUUCACAAGCAGAUGUGGUGGAAAUUCAUAGCUCUGUGGAGAUCUUUGCGUGCCAGGUCAUUCAGGUUCAUGGGGAUGAAGACGAGAAGAAUGACAGCGAGCCGGACACAGAGCAGCUGCUAAAAACCUUCAAGGCCACCACAAGGCGAUCAUUUCAGCUGGGUGCUCCUGGCCCUAUUACGUCAGACAGGGGUUUGACAUACAUUGACAUGCAAAAUGAAGAAGAGGCGCCAGAGGUUGAUUUUGUAAAUGAGGAAAUGAAUCCCAACAAGGGUCUGGAGCCAUCCUGCCUGAGUGAGACUGUGAAACAAGCUGAGGUGCAGCAGAACCACGAGACCUUGUCUUUUGGAAUGCCGAGUCCAUCCAUCUCCAGAAAAAAUGAGGUUGAGAACUCUUUGUGCAGUGACUUUAUACCACCCACAAAUCUGUCCAACCAUAGCUUGCCUAAGUCUCUGGGUCUGAAGAAAAGCCAUAACCUGACUGGAGACGCUUCCAAUGAGAUAUCUGAGGAGUGCUCGCGCUCAGACAUUGGGAAAGGUUCUGAAGAUAAACCCACCGAGAACUCCGAUAAUGGAGCCACACCCACAGGUAGGAAAAGAAAAAACUCUGAGACGAGCUCCAGGAUUUCUGUCAAUUCUCAAACGAUGGACUCGGAGCUGCUCUUCCCAGCCCUCGUUGCCUCUGAGGAGGAGCCUAAAGAAUCAGCCAGUGCCAUCAAUAAUAUGCAUUUGGGGGAAGCGGAAAGUCAAAAAACUUUGGUAAGCAUUUCAGGGGACUCCGAAAACAGUGGGGUUUUCGAACCAGGCAUGAUAGGGUCUGGAUGCCCUUUAGGAGAUGUUGACAAGGUCUCCACAAAUCGAUCACAUGGAUUCCAUUCUAGCCGUCAGGCAAUGAAGCUGCCAACCUCAGGAAUGGACAAAGUCCUCGAGUCAUCAAUGACGCCAGAUGACCUCUUGCCCCCGAAUGUUGUGGUCCGUGCCCCUACUGAAUGCAUAGUCAGUGCAGGUCCAAGUGACGGGGCUCAGAGUAUGGAAGGCACCACCCAGUGGAGUAGUGAAGGUGGCCCUACACAGAGGAAGAGGAAGAGACCCCAGAGGCUGGAGUCCUCUGGGUCUGAGAGUAGUAAUGAGGAAGAUCAGCUUCCCUCCUUUGCUCAACUGUUUGGACAAGACAAGUCCAAACAACCAGCUGUAGUAAUAACAAUCCCACUGAGCGGAGACCACCCUCCUGGUCAUGGUCAGGGCAGUGCAGAAGACCCUAUGGAAGGUGCCCCUUUUGCACUGAACGUUGUGGCUGGAAACCCCAGUUCCACCUCCCCUAGUCCAGAGUGGGUACCAGGCAGUCAAGGAUCUGUGGAUCUUUUUGACACACCAGAAGAAUGUAAGGGAUUGCCAGAUGAUAGAGUUCACUCUGUUGAAUCCUCACAGUUUUCAAAUGAAAUCAUUGCUACUCAGCAAAAGGCGGCCAUGCAGGCGGAGCUGCGGCGGCUGGAGGAGAUGAUGGCGCUGGUGUCCGAGGCGCUGCAGAAGAAGGCGGACGGCUCCCAGGCGCGAGCGGCAGGGGUGCCGGCGUCCCCGCACCACCCUGGCUCGGCGGCGCGGAGAGUAGGUCUGGACCACCACCAGAGCCGCCCGUGCAGCGACCGGACAGGAGAGGGGACCGCAAGGCACAAAUCCUCGCCCCCAUCCGCGCUUUCUCCGGUCUCCUCCCCCGGCGCCAGGACCCUGAGGAGCGGGAGGGGGUUCACGUCACCGCCGCCCGCCCCCGGAGCGACGGCGGGCCCCAGCCCCGCCCAGCCCGGCUCCGCCGAGGACCAGGGGAGGGUCGAGGCAGCAGGGCGGCGCUGUAGCAGGAGGGGCAGGAGUCUGAGGAGCAGUGGAACAACGGGCGGAAACGCAGCCACCGUGGAAGAGUCGACCCAGGAUGAGGCGAUUCACACCCGCACGGCUGCACCCUCGUCAGGGUGCGAGGAGCGAGACCUCCCACCAGCAGGUGGCGUGCGUCCUGCCGUCGCGACCGCCAGUCCGGCUCAGAGGGGAACCACGCGGGGCAAGAUGGUGCUGGUGGCAUCAGGACUGAGCGCGGCCGAGCUGUCGGUGGUGAAGAAGUUUUCAAAGAAGACGGGCGGCAGCCUGUCCCCGCAGGUGACCCCGGAGACCACCCACGUGAUCAUCGGGACGGAUGAGAACCUGGUGUGCGAGCGGACUCUGAAGUACUUCCUGGGAAUCGCGGCGCGGAAGUGGGUGGUGAGUUUCCAGUGGCUUGUGGAGUGCUUCAAUCAAGGGAAGGUCCUGAAUGAAGCGGCGUUCGAGGUGCGGGGAGACGUGGUGAACGGGCAGCGCCACCAGGGACCCAUGAAGGCCCGCAGCACAGGGGACCGGCAGCUGCUGAUGAGAGGCUACGAGGUCUGCUUCCAGGGCUCCUUCACAGAUAUGACCACAGGUCAGAUGGAGUGGAUGGCGGAGCUGUGCGGGGCCAGGGUGGUGAAGGACCCCCUCCUCUUCACCGGCAAGCAGAGGUCCGCUCAGCUGGUGCUGGUGCAGCCUGACGCUGAAGAGUCCCACGCAGGCUACGGAGCUCUCCAGAAGAGGGCGCUGGUGGUCUCGCGGGGGUGGCUGCUGGAUUCGGUCGCGACCUACACCCUCCAGAACGUCGACGAGUACAGAGUUUAGGCUCCGCCCCCCUGUCCCCGCACUUUCCUCAUUCGUUCGUUUGCCCUGGCGAAAGUUCCGUAAUCAUUUCAUUCCUAAGACCGGAUCCUCUGCACUUUAACCCCAGCGCUGCCUUCCCCUUCCCCCCACUUUAAUGUUGUUGUGUGAGGCCCUUUUUAAAUGCCAAACAGCUUGCGUUUUAUCUCUGUAAAGAAAUUUUUAUCUUCUUUCUUUAUAUUGAUCUGUGCCUUGGCGAAGUGUACAUAUUACCAUUCCUCUUUCUCAAACAUUAAAAAAAAAAGAAAAAUGU